GAAACAAGAACAAUUGAAGAAUGAUGCUAUGCUUAGUAUCUUCACCAGAGUUGGCAACCAAUGAUUGCCGACAUUUAUUGGCAAUUUUGAGUUGCACACUUCAAAACAACUGCAACUCGCAUUGCCAACUGUAGUUGGAGACAGAUUUUGUGAGUUGGCAACCGAAAUUUGGUUUUCCGACUGGAGUCGGUAAAGAUCAAAGGUGGUUGCCAACCCCGGUCGGCAAUGCGAAUUGCAGCACUAACUUGACCUGCAACUUGAGUCUGCAACUACCCCGCUACCCCUCCCACCUGUUGGCUCCAUGUGGUCGCACUGAGUCAGUUCCUCAGUUCAAGCAGGCUAGUCGUCGUGAGUUGUUGUGUUUUGUGUAUGGUUGUUGUUUGUGCUAGUGCAAUGGAAAAUCUUUCAAGUGAAGUGGAGUGGACAAAUGAUCAGGUCAUUACUUUGAUAGAGUUGUUAAGAGAGAAGCCUGUCUUGUGGAACCACACCCUUUCGGAUUUUAAAAACAAAAAUUAUGCUUGGAAUGAAAUUUCCCAGGAAAUAAAAGUAAACAAACUUGAAGUCCAGUCUAAAAUGAGGAAUUUGAUUACAACAUUCCAACGAAUUAAUAAGAGGGGAAAAAGUAAUUCUGGAGCCUGCUCAAAAUCAAAAUGGUUUGCUUUUGACCACCUCAUGUUCUUACAAGACAAAACAACUCCAACAUUUAGCCGUGACGCUGGAAUAAAUGACACACAAGCACAGGUAACAGAAGACAACAAUGUUUACGUGAACCUACACGAAGAAUUGCCCACUCAGACUUCACGAACCUCAAGUUCCACUGGCGAAACUUCUUCUUCGAUCGUCUCUGCUCCUCCUCCGAGCGUAGCCCAGCAUAGGCCUUCAAAUAAUAGACGACGCAACACCAUGGCUGAUGAUGCUUAUUCCGUAAUGAAGGAAGUGGGGAGCAAUUUAAAAAAAAAGACGAAUUUGAUAUCUUUGGUGAUCUUGUUGCUUGUGAAUUACGUAAAUGUUCUGAUAAAAGGUAUGGAGCACUUGCUAAGCGAAGAAUUAGUGACAUAUUAUUUGAUGUGGAAAUGCACGAAUUAAAUAGGCAGCCACAAUCAAAUUCUGGCUGUUCCAGUUCACUGUCCCUACAGGAGUCGUCUUCAUGCCUGGCUGGUAAUCAGGAAGAUAACUUUCAAAACUCCCCAUCAACCUUGAACCCGGUGGUGGACACGUGGGGUGAUGACUUUUAUGGGGGUGAUGAAGAUGCCAAUACAUUAACUAAGCUAUAAUGUAAGCUAAGCUAUACAUUACUCAAGCUAAGCUAUACAUUAAUUAGGCUAUAGAGUUUCUUUGUUUGAUUUGAAGUUUUUUGUUGUAUACAUUUAUUUCUAAUUUUAUGAAUUGUGUUACUUUGAAACAUUACCUUAACUUUGUGCUCAUAUUUUAUUAACAAGUCACUACCAGGUUGCAACUUUUUUUGUCUAGAUUUAUUAACUCAGUGCACAACAUAAACAAAUAAAAGGUACCUAAAAAUAACAAUAUUUAGUCAUUUUCUUUCUUUGCUCACCUGUAUGUUAUCCUUCAGGAAACCUAUAACAGCCUCACAAACCUCUGGCACUAAAAUAGAUAUCGCACUUUUGGAAACUUUAAACAA